AUCCUGAAUGAAAGAGCAAGUGAAGCGUUUCCCUGCAUGUUGUGCUGCGCUCGCCUCUCUGCUUGCGAAAGUGACGUGCAAUCUGACUCGGGGGUCUGCAUAGUUGGAGUUGCUGUGCGCCACACCGAGAGUGCCUUCGGGGAGGUCUGCACUGUUUUCCCCACCGAGGAGCUCAGUCAUGCGGGAGUUGAUGAAGAGAGCACAGCAAGACAGGAGGAGGCAAUUUUAAACCCCUCUGAAUCUUUCAUAAGGGAGCUCUCCAGCAUCAAACUGCGUGGAUGGACUGCAAGAAAGAGUUGGUCCUGGGAUGCGCUUUUAGCCGGAGCAAAGAGUGACACAGAAACACAGCCAGAACCAACUUAUGACUCAUCUCGACCAGGAGUGCAAGAAGCCCCGAAUUCUUCUUUUCUCCAAGGAGCUGGAUGUAAUCCCGCUGUGUGUAAACACCUCUUGAGAUCCUUAGAUGAAAGGGCGACCAGCAGAAAAGCACAGUGCAGCAGAGAAUGGGAGUGGACGUGACUGCUGUCUGGCUCAUCCCUAAACCUUCUUAAAAACGGCGCAGAGGCAAAUAAACUCCAAACAACGCAGAAGGUGUGUUCCGCAUUUCUGGUUUACGACUUACCUCACUGAAUCAAAUCAAGAGGGAGACUUUCGAUGAGAAGCUGACUUUGAACGGAAAUUGGCUGAAUUUAAAAGUCAUCCAGCCCACGGGGAUGUCCUCAAACGAGCUGAGUGUUGAGAUGGACUCCUGCAUUCGGACAUUCAAGGAGCACAUGCAUCUGGAACUGGAACCCCCCAAGGCCCUUGGUGUGGUGGGAGGGAAAAGAGGCGCCACAUCCCCUAAACUUUCCCCACGGAGCUCCCCGCGGCUCUUCCGCAAGCUGGUGGUCAACAAGAGCAUCAGACAGAGGCGGCGCUUUACUGUAGCUCACACCUGUUUCGAUGUGGAGAAUGGCCCUUCGACCAGCUGCAGUCCUCUGGACCCUCAGGCCUCCCCCGGCUCUGGUCUUGUCCUCCACACCAACUUCCCAGGUCACAACCAGCGCAGAGAGUCCUUUUUGUAUCGCUCUGACAGCGACUAUGAUCUAUCACCCAAGUCCAUGUCACGGAACUCCUCCAUUGCCUCUGAGCUACAUGGUGAUGACCUGAUCGUGACGCCUUUUGCUCAGGUCCUGGCAAGCCUUCGAAGUGUGAGGAAUAACUUCACUGUUCUGACCAAUGUCCAGUGUGCCUCCAGCAAGAGAUCUCCUGCAGCCGCAAAUCAGCCUGCAGUCACCAAAGUGUGCCUCCCAGAUGAGGCAUACCAGAAGCUGGCCAUGGAGACUACGGAGGAGUUGGACUGGUGUCUGGACCAGCUGGAGACAAUCCAGACCUAUCGCUCUGUCAGCGACAUGGCCUCCACCAAGUUUAAGAGAAUGUUGAAUCGGGAGUUGACACACCUAUCUGAGAUGAGUCGAUCUGGGAAUCAGGUGUCCGAAUUCAUCUCCAACACUUUCUUAGACAAACAGAACGAGGUGGAGAUACCAUCACCCACACCCAAGACACGGGAGAAGAAGAAGCAGCACAAGCAGCAGCUGAUGACGCAGAUCAGCGGUGUCAAGAAGAUCUCCCAUGGGCCUUCGCUUUCAAGCAGCAGCAUCUCACGUUUCGGUGUCAAAACGGAUAAAGAGGAGUUGCUGUCCAAGGAACUCGACGAUCUGAACAAAUGGGGUCUGAAUAUCUUCACAGUUUCCGAGUACUCAAACAGCCGACCUCUUACCUGCAUCAUGUACGCCAUCUUUCAGGAGCGGGAUCUAUUAAAAACAUUUAAGAUCCCAGUGGACACAUUUGUGGCUUAUAUGAUGACACUAGAAGAUCAUUACCAUUCCGAUGUGGCCUACCACAACAGCCUGCAUGCAGCUGACGUAGCCCAGUCCACGCACAUCCUUCUCUCUACUCCAGCCCUCGAUGCUGUCUUCACUGAUCUUGAAAUCCUCGCUGCCAUCUUUGCCGCUGCCAUCCAUGAUGUUGACCAUCCUGGAGUAUCAAACCAAUUCCUCAUCAAUACCAAUUCCGAGCUGGCCCUGAUGUACAACGAUGAGUCUGUGCUAGAGAAUCAUCACUUGGCUGUGGGAUUCAAACUCUUGCAAGAAGAAGGCUGUGACAUCUUCCAGAACCUCACAAAAAAGCAGCGACAGUCCCUACGCAAGAUGGUCAUUGACAUGGUUUUAGCAACUGACAUGUCCAAACACAUGAGUCUGUUGGCUGAUCUGAAGACAAUGGUGGAAACCAAGAAAGUGACGAGCUCUGGAGUGCUGUUGCUGGACAAUUACACAGACAGAAUACAGGUGCUGCGAAACAUGGUGCAUUGUGCUGAUUUGAGCAACCCCACAAAGUCCCUUGAGCUGUACCGUCAAUGGACUGAUCGGAUAAUGGAGGAAUUCUUCCACCAGGGAGACCGGGAGAGGGAACGAGGGAUGGAGAUCAGUCCGAUGUGUGAUAAACACACAGCUUCAGUGGAAAAAAGUCAGGUGGGUUUCAUUGACUACAUUGUCCACCCUCUGUGGGAAACUUGGGCCGAUCUGGUUCAUCCCGAUGCGCAGGAUAUUCUGGACACACUGGAAGACAACAGGAACUGGUAUCAGAGCAUGAUCCCCCAGAGCCCCUCCCCACCCUUCUAUGAUCAAGGUUCUCAUGGACAUGGGGGAGGCACUGGAGGGCCAAGUGGGGACAAGUUUCAGUUUGAGCUGACCCUGGAGGAGGAGGACUUGGACGGUAUAGAGAAAGAUGGUGACGUGGAGGAGGAAGAGGAAGUAGAUGAGGAUGCGAUCGAUGAUGAGGAGGACAGCCUAGAAGAUUGUCGUUCUCCUCCUCUGGACUUUCAGGAGCACAACGAGGGUGACAUGAUGGAGCCCACGUCGAUGAUCGAGAUCGUGACGCACGAGGCGUCACCCACAGACACAUAGGGAUUUCAUCAGCAGGCUCAAGUGCUGAUUUGAAAGAGUUUUGAGAGAAAGAGGGGAGAUCCUCGUGCAGCUGUGCUUUUUAAUAAGCCCUCUGAAGCAAAGGCUUAGUUUUGGCCCGCACGGAGCCGUCUUGCAUUUGGGUGUUUGAAGCCGGGCACGGACAUACAGUUUCGGAGAAACGGCUUCAGAGUUCUCAGGAAAUAUUUACUGCAAACAUUCUAGUCUUGAUGGUCACGCAAGAAUGACGAUAGAAAUUGAAGGAUGUAGGCCAGUUUGGGAAAUGUUUCUUUUCUGGACUGGCAGUAAAUAGACAUUGACACUACUGAGAGAAAUUUUGUAACUUAAGACUUUUUUUUUCUUUCUUUUUUUUUUUACAGAUAUAAUAUAGAAGUAGCAUAGAAUAAGAUCUACUGAUGGAGACCGUGUUUGUAUAGCAAGAGAAAGUGUUUACUUUUUCUUGUACCAUUUAUCAAAGAACUUGGUGUGCCUUUUUUACAAAUGUCUUCUUUUUUUUAAUUUAUUGAACACUCUAGUACAGUAUGUCUGUGAAAUGUUUUUUUCUUAUCUGAGAGAGUAAAACCAUUUUUGUAUGUUAAAAGAGAACAGUCUUCCGUCUAUUGGGCAAUAGAGAAAUAUAAUGGCGACAAACAACCCGUAGAUGAAAUCGUCUUUGUAGGGAAACAAGAAUGCGCACAUUUUGUGAGGAUUGUUCCUAAGUCUGAGCACAACAUUGUGUAAACACAGCUACAUUUAAGUUUGUGUUUUAUGAUGACAGUUACAUUCACGUUGUAAUGGUUCAAACAAAUACGUGUUUGAAUACAUCUUCAUACUUCUCAAUCUUUUUGUCUUAAAGUACUAAGAAAACAUUGUGGGCUUCCUAACUUUUGAGACCAAAACUGAAAUGUUCAUGCAAAAUGCACAGCGGGCUCAUGUAAUUCCUCCUGGAUAGAAAAUUCAGUCAUUGACUUUGUUUUGCUUUUUUCAUCAUCUUUCCAUGAGUAUGACAUUCAAAUUCAAUUAUUUAAACCAUAAUAAACUUGUGGCUCCUGCCAUAAGAUGAAAUAGAGAACACAAACAAAUAACAACAUCAAGUACCUGUGCUGAGGAGUUGAUAUUUUUACCACCAUGUGUUCAACACCAUGAAGGAACCACUUUCACCUAAUUUACUGGAGGGCAAAUCUUGUGGGUCAAGGAAGAAUCCAAUUUCACACAGUAAAACAAACUGCCUCUACUUCAUAUUUGCCUUUCUAGAGGUCUGCUUAACGGUCAAAUCAAAGAUGAAGUCCAACAAGGACAAAAUGCACAUCAGCAGUGAUUCUAUUUUUAACUGGCAGGUAGGCUGCAGUCUUCAUAAUCCUGUUAGUUGGAACUACUCCUGACCCCAAGCCCAUCUGAUACAAUGCCCUUCUUGCCCCUAUGCAAUCAGGCCCUGCAGACCACAUGAUUGAAGGUGCUCUUUCAGCUGCCAGUAUGAAAGGCGCCCUCAGAGCCUCAUCAGUGCCACUAUUCACAUGGUUGACAAACCCCACUCGGCACCAUGGACACAGUCCAGAACAAUCAGGCCAGCUAUUUCUUUCUUGCAAUGAAAAUCCCUCAAGUGCUGCUUCCACCCAAUGACGUCAUAUAAAAAAGAGAGAGGAGGUGGAAAAAGCCCCUUUCCCACAUCAGGUUUCUAGGGCAGUAUGAUUAUUCCAAAUGUACACACAUGCAGAAUAAUUGGUUGGUAUACUUUGGGGACAGAAGGGAAAAUAGGUACUCCUAUGUUAGAGCAAACAUUUUUUUCCCGAUCAUAGUUUUAGAAUAAUGGUUUGAAAAGGGUUUUCUCAACCUCACAUUUCAUCUGGCUUUCACAGGAAAUGUUUUUUUGGUCUUGGAACUGAUCGCAUUUGUAUGCAUCUUGGUUUACUGGUAUACUAAAAUGGUACUGCAUCAAAUUUCACUCAAGAUAGUUAACUGGCAAUCACGUGUGUGUUGUAUGUAUGCGCAGUAUGUGAGAUUUUGUGUGUGUGUGUGUGUGUGAGUGAGAGAGUUUGUGGGUUCAGUGUGUUUGGAUAUGCUGACUUUGCCAUUGGCCUUAUACUUCUGCCUGUCACACCUCACCUUUGUCUACAACUGUUCGUCGCUCGAAGCUCAAGUUGGUCUUUUUGCUGUUUAUAACAGUGUAUAUUUAUUCAAUAUGAUAAGCAUGUAAAUAUGAAAUACUGUUCGAGUGUAAAGUCAAUUUUCAAAUUUGUAUGCACUUGCAUUACCUGGAAGUGGUGGUGUCUAACGUGUAGAAGACUCUGGAUUAGAGUCUUGUUUGGUUUUAUAUACUGUUAUAUGAAUAUAUUUAUGUACACGCAACGCAAUAUAACAUUGUGUAUAUAAGUGCACAUUGUUUCGAGUGCCCAUCAGAGCUAGAGCUAAAGGACUGUUGUCAUAUGAGAACCUUGUAACUACAAAAUAUUCAAGUUACCAAAGUUUCCCAUAUUUUAAUAAUUGAAUUCAUUUAUAGACCAAAAAUUUAACUUGAGGAUGAUAUCAUCGCUUUAACUAUGAACUGAUGUCACUUCCACAAGAUUUUUUUUUGGGGGGGGGGUGUCUGCAAUCUUUGAGUUGCUUACAAAUUUUAUUUUAUUUUAUUUAUUUUUUUUAAUUCAACCAGGACCAUAAUUUUUGAAGGUAUAAGGUUGUCAUCUGACAGCAGUUAGGUGACCCAGAUGCGACAGAGAGGACAUGUUAACUCCAUAUGCUUGGAAAAUGGACACACGCAUAGCAAAGCAGAAGAGACACUUUGAUCGUUGCUUUAUAUCAAAAUAUACAAAUUGCUUAUUUUAUCUCAGCACCUUGUUAAAACCGAAGCUUGUAAUGAACAUCUUUAAAUGGCAACCGCUAAUUUAUAAGAUACGAGUUUGAGAAACAUAAAGUCAUAAAUUUUCUCCUGUUACACUUACUGCACAUCAUGUACGUAAAAGUAGAUGUCACUGCAACAGUAUUGGUGGCAUGCUAUAACGCACGGCACUCAGUUGAUCUGCGGUAACAGCAAAAUGGUCUUACAGUAUGUAACUGUGCUACUGUGUAAAAUGUUCCUGACCAAAAUUGUGUUCAGUACUAACAUUAUUUAUCUAUGUUCAUGAUUUUUGGUCCUAGUUGUCCAAAUGGUUAGCCUGAUUUAGCACUAUCUGCAUGACAGGUGAUUUUUGUUAUUUGUCAAAUUCGAUAAUACAUUUAGGUCCACCAGUUGUGGGUGGGUUAAGAAAUGUUUCACACAAUGUAUGGCAUUAUCUUGUAUAUUGUGUUUAAAAUACAAACAAAAUCGGGAAUACUUUUUCUAAGAAGCGAUUAAAAGUAAAGCAUGACUAUA